UUUUUUUUUAUUCAUAUUCCUUGUAUUUUAUUAUUAUUAUUAUUAUUAUUAUUAUCAGUUACCUUUUUUAUAUCAAUAUACUAUAAUAUAUAAUGUCUAAACGUGUACAAUUUUCUUGUGAUGUUGUCAUUGAAAGUACAUUUGCUAAUGAAGAUUAUGAUCGAACAGCUCAAGAAGUUGCUAAAUUGACAUAUAGUGAUAUGGUUGAAUUAUUAACUAUGAAAUCACAAUGGCGAAGGGAUACAGAACAAAUGAUAAAUGAAAGGGCAAAUCGUGAAAAAGAACAACAAAAACAACAAGAAGAUUUAUUAUCACAACAAGAAGAAAAUCAUCAACCUUCUGUUUUUACUACUGCUCAAGAAAUAUGUACAUGAUUCAUAUUAUUGUUAUUGUUAUUGUUAUUUUUUACUCUUUUUUUUUUUUUUUACAAACAAAUAUUACAUCUCCUCCAUUUAUCAACAUUCUUGUCGUCCCUUUUUUGUACAGUUUUUAGUUAGUUCUUCAAUACCCCCUCUUUUCAUUACAUUUUAUUUUAUCAUCUUAUUCAUACCAUUAUUCAAUGCACUUUAUUGUACAAGUCAAAUAAAAAUCCUCUUUCCUUU